UCCUGUCAUUCAUCUGCAUUGUAUUUGUAGAACAAUGGCCAUGCUGCAAUGGAGUCUUCGUUUGUAGAUUGGAGCUCGCUGGAGCUUUGCAAGCUGCCCGAAGACGAUACAGUCAGUUCAACUCAGACUCAGAGAUUGAAUUUGGACUUCAACGAAUUUGUACAAUUCCCCACAGCGCUCAGCGCGAGGUUUCCCAGCCUGACUGAGCUGAACAUCUGCGGAAAUGAUUUGAAAAGCCUGUCGGAGGCCGUGGCGUCACUGCCGGCCUUGGAAACUCUACGCGUGGACGAGAAUCAGUUGACAUCGCUGCCAGAUGCGUUGUGUGACCUGCACAAGCUGAAGUUACUCAGCUUGGUGGGAAAUGAUAUUGUGACGCUGCCGGAAAAAUUCGGGUUCGGAUUGCAGUGCUUGGAAGAAUUCAUCGCGGACGAAAAUGGCCUGGAGACAUUUCCCAAGUCGUUUUGCUCUCUGGGAAAGCUGCGACGUGUUCAGAUUAGCCAUCACAGGAUGUGCUCGUUACCAGAGCAGUUCGGCAACCUGAGUAGCUUGGAGGCAGUGGACUUGAGUCACGGUCGCCUAAAGGAGCUGCCGGCAAGCAUUGACGACCUGGCGCGGCUGUGCUGCCUCGACGUCAGCCACAACCAACUGGAGACGGUGAUGUCGUCAACGGCGAGUAGUGGCAGCCUGCGCGUGCUGCACAUCAACAACAAUCACAUUCGCGAGAUGCCGCGCUGGCUGGACACGCUGUCGGCCGCCGAAGAGAUCAACAUCGCGUCGAAUCGGACGCUCGGGUGCCCGUUCAGCGAGGCGUUUGCGGUGCGCUGCCAGUCGCUGGAGCGCUUACUGUUGGGAGAGAACUCCGUCGACCGUCUCCCACAGUCGCUCGGCCAACUCAAGAAUCUCCGAUACCUUCAUCUGGGGAGUGUUAUAUCUGAGAUUGACCGAUGGGGCUACGACAAUGGCAACUGGAUUGAGGAGCUGCCCGAGAGUUUCGGCGAGCUGCAGAGUCUAGAGCGGCUGGAGGCGCACGAAACGCGACUUCACAGGCUGCCGGAGUCGUUCGGUUCGCUCAGUUUGCUAGAGCAUGCCGACUUCACAAACUCCCUGGUGGCCAGUCUGCCCAACUCGUUUCACAACCUGUCGUCGCUCUCUUUAUUGAAGCUCUCGCGCAAUCGGCUAACGGUGCUCCCGGAGAAUUUUGGCUUGCUUCCGUGCCUGCAAGAGCUGUAUCUGGAUGACAAUCAAAUAUCCAGUCUGCCCGUUACUAUGGCAAACAUGUCCUCCCUGCACACCCUAGACUUGUUUAAGAACAACCUUCAGCAGUAUCCGGACGUUCUGUCCAGCAUGUCGUCACUGAGGGAGCUCGACAUGAGCAGCAAUCCGUUCUUCGACGAGCUGCCCGAGGGUGUACAGGUCAACCGUGUCUCGCGCAACUCCCUCGGCUUGCCGAGUCGAUGGAAGACGCAGGCGCUGCAUGAUCAGCGGAGCCGAGCGCCAAACCGCGGUUUGGUCAGCGAUGGGCAGCUCGAGGACGGGCACGGCGGCUCGUUUGACGCGCCUUCGGCCACCGCACAGGCCCCGACUGCUGGCGCCGCCGCUCCAUCGCCAUCGCCGUUGCGGGGUGAUACACAAGUGACGCUGCGCGAUUCCCACGCCCAGGCGUACGCCAAGGAGCAGCGCCGAUUGCAGCAGGCCGCGCCAGAGCAGCCCGGUGUUGCGGUUGAUGAUGACGCAGCUUGGCAUGCUGCUACUGCUGCGUCGUCGCGUGAUGUAAACGAUACGGAUUUUUCGGCGGACGACGACAUUGCAACAUGGCAAUUUGUUGAACUUGAAGCGAAUUACGGUGACGAUGUUCGCGAUGAUUGCUUAGAUGCGGAGGAUGGUCCCGUGGCAUCCAUCGGUGCGGGGUACCACGGUGGACUGUUUGGCAAGCCAGCUGAGCUCGAUGGGGACUACGUGGAGAACAUUGACUUGCCGGGCGAUCUGCGAGACUACACAUUGAGAGCGUCGGACGUGGGCCUGCACGGCUGCGUGUUCCGACACGCGCCCCCGCAGGUGGCCUUCAAGGACUGCUACUGGCAGCCGACGCCGACGCAGCACGAGGGCGAUGGCGUGGCGGUGGCGGCGAGUGUCGAGCGGCGUCGCGCGCGCAUGGUGGUGCUGCAUCCGCGCCACAGCGCCCUCCAGUCCGGCUUCCACAUGAUCUCGGGCACCAAGAACUACGAGGAGCUCGGCAUUGAGUGGCAGCAGGACCCGGUGGUAAAUGCCGGCUACGCGUACGACCGUGGCCUCUACAGCGUUUCUCUGCCCAGCAUCGCCACGCUGUCGCUGCACGAGCCGUGGCCCGCGGAAAGCCAGUGGACGCCGGACGACCCGUACUGAAGUCGUGUGGCGUUUCUGACAUAGCAGCGGUGGUGGAGCAGGCCGCGUGACCCCUGUUACCGCAUAGCUUGCAGUUACUCUACGCGCACCUCGUCACGUGUCAUUGCACGGGUGGCAAGGAUGGCAACCGCUGUGUACCUCGCAUGGAUACAGAUCAUAUUUGUUUGGAGGUGACAAGGACAGCGAAAGAGUAGUUACCUGGUAUGGUGUAUUCCUACAGUCCUCAGUUGGGUUCCAGCUUGAUAUCCUCGGCUAGUGUACUGUGGUGCGACCGGUGCUUUCAAACAACAAGCUCUACAGCACGUUGCCCUUCUCCGACUUGUCUUGCUGAUUGCCGAGAGGGAUGUAUGGUCUUGCAGCGUGUUGUCUUUCUCUCGCUUGUCGUGCCGACUGCCGAGAGGAACAUGCGGUCGUGCAGCACGUUGUCUUUCUCUCGCUUGUCUUGCUGAUCGCCGAGAGGGACGUGCGGUCGGUGGGAUGUCUGGAUGCUGGCACUGCGUAUCGAGUGGCGUGUCAGACUGCGUAUCGAGUGGCGUGUCAGCCUGUCUGCUGCCACACGUGCACAUACACCAAUGCCGCACGUGCACAUACAUGUACACCAAUGCCGUGUUAGUGCGUCGGCAACAUUCAGUCUAGUGUGUUCGGUGUUCACUAGUAGGGUCUUCCGCAUCGCGUUGUCAACGGCCGGCGUCGUUAACUAGCUGGUGUUGCAAUACACGCUGCUGCUGCCGUCUGCUGUGUUUCGUACAUGUACUUGGCGACAUGCUCUUGUCGUGUAUUUGCUGAAGAAAGAGCCCGGCAGGGUUACUGUGCCGACUCUGCGUGCUUGUGAGGCGUUGUAUCUGGUUGUAUGCCACUGGAUGCUGGCUGGCUCUGCAUGUUCUAGUCUGGUUUGUGUGGUACUGGAGUAACGGGAUGCCGACUCUGAGUAUUAGUGACCCGUUGUGUCUGGUCGUGUGGCACUCUUGGUGCUUGUGACCAGCUGUAUCUGGUUGUAUGCCACUGGGUACUGGCUCUGUGCGUUUGUGUGACCCACUCUGUCUGAUUGUGUGGUACUGGAUGCUGACUCUGAGUAUUGAUGACCUGGUGUAUCUGGUCGUAUGGCGCUGGAUGCUUACUCUGCGUGAGACUGUGUCUGGCUGUAUUCUACUCGAUGCCGACUCUGCAUGCUAGUGACCCGUUGUGUCUGGCUUUAUGGCACGUUCUAUGCUGACUCUGCAUGUGCCUGCGUCAGGUUAUACCACUGGAUGCUUUCUCUGCGUGUGCAUGUGUCAGGUUAUAGCACUGGAUGCUUUCUCUGCGUGUGCAUGUGUCAGGUUAUAGCACUGGAUGCUUUCUCUGCGUGUGCCUGCGUCAGGUUAUACCACUGGAUGCUUUCUCUGCGUGUGCCUGCGUCAGGUUAUACCACUGGAUGCUUUCUCUGCGUGUGCCUGCGUCAGGUUAUACCACUGGAUGCUUUCUCUGCGUGUGCAUGUGCCUGGUUAUGACUGUUAUCGUACUCGAUGCCGACCUACUGUGUCUGAUUUUAUGGCGCUGGCUGCUGAGUGCAGCUCCAGACUCAGUACUUCUAGCAGACAUACGGCCAGUUGUUGCUGCCUGUAAUAUACAUACUCUAUGAUAUGCAUGCACCUGCUUUAACCUGCUCCAUGUACUAGCAGCUGUGUACAUGAUGUACGUCCUUUGAAAACUUGGCGAUGUCAGCAACUGAGACGUUCGUCGCGACUCAAUCACGCCAUAACCUUCUACACGCACCGGUGAUCAGUGGCCAGUGUGGGUGCUGCUGUGUGCUGACUUGGCAGUGUGAGAGACCGAGCACCGGUAGUUAUUUGUCGUCACCGUACCGCGGAGAUAUCUGGUGUUCAGUACACAGUAUGCCGUAAUCAUCUCCGCACACCACUUGCUGGCUGCUGCUGCUACUACUGCUGCUGCUACUACUGCUGCUGCUACUGCUGCUGCUGCUGCUGCUGCUGCUGCUGCUGUUUCUGCUGCUGCUGCUACUGCUCCUGCUACUGCUGGCUGCUGCUGCUGCUCUUCCGGUGGACGUUGGCCGGCUAUGUGCCGUAUCCCGCUCUAUUUGUUCGAAUUUUUUGCCGAUGAGCAAUGUUUGUGACCGAGCUCUUGUGUUAUUUGUGGCUACCUAGUACUAGCCUGUUGCAUAGUCUGUGCAGACACUGGCAGCUCUUCUGGUAGAUGUUGAGUGACUUUGUGCCGUGACUCACUUCACAUGUUCGAAUACUUUGCCGGCGAGCAAUGUUUGUGACCACACUCUUGUGUUGUGCAGGUACCAAGUACUAAUUUGUCACGUAGUCUGUGCAGGAACUGACAAGUGGCAGCACUUCUCUGCCGCACAACUAACUUCAGAGUGUUCCAGCUACACAUACUUAUGAGUGUACGUUCAAGUACGUAAGUCCCGGCAAAACGGUUGCUUUGCGUGCGGCGAUGGCCUGGUCUGUACCGGUCAGCUUGACGCUUGUCACCGGGAGUAGUUAACUGCCGGUAUUUUACUACUUCCUGCUUGUCACCAUCCUGGUUGUUCUUGUCACUCAUCACGACGUUGACCACCACGCUUGGACUUCUCUUGCGUGUCGUGAAGUGAAACAUUGGUUUCGGGUGUGCAAGGACUUUGGAAAUGUCCGCGGCUGCUUGUGUUGGCACUUCCAUUACAUUUAGUGUGUUAGUAGUGUAUGGCUAGGAGGAGCUGGUGCACAGGGUUCUGGUUCUGCCCGAAUUACAAUCAUAACACUCUUUCGUAUGCCGAUUUUAAAGCGAACGAGUGUUCGAUCUCGUCCUAGCAGCGGACAUUGGCAUGAUCUACCGUGCCCCCACCCCAGCACCACCAGCGCUGCUUCACCACAUGGCAUAGUACUGGUCGUGCAUGCGUAUGUGUGCAUAUGUGUGGGCAUGUGUGCGUGUGGUGUCCGCACCGAUAAUUUAUUUAUUUUCUUUAUUUUUAACCCCCCAAUGUUGCUCGGAUGCUCUCAUCUUGCUCAUGCGGUCUAUUCAAGGCCUCUCUGUGUUUGCUUUCACUGUAAAUUAGCAACGGCUUUUAUAUAUAAGAUCUUUGCCUUCUUCUCUUGGCCCAGGACAGCCUAUUUUUGUUUUAAUAGCUGUAUUAUAAGCACUGUACUGCUCAAUGAGAUCCAGUCGCGUCACUCAAGUACGCGCCGUGCGCUGCGCGGCCCUGGACCUGCGAACACUGGGCUGCGAAAUAGUGCACGGCGCAAACUUGAGUGACGCGACUGGAUUUCAUUGAGCCGCACUGUAGAAUACAAGUACAUGUCAGAUGAGAAUGAUCUCUAGUUUUUUGUUUACCAGUGUGACCGAUUUCUGUUGCACAUUCGCCUAUUGCUUCUUUUAUUUCCCGCUGAUUCUAUUGAUCUGCCUUCAGCAUUACAUACCUGUACAUGUACUUGAAAAGCCUUUUAAAAACUAUUAAAGGCAUCA